AGAAAAGGGUAAAGGAAAAUGGAGAUGACAUCUGUUAAGAAGGCGAAGAAGAAGAAGAUCAAGAGCAGAAAGUUACUCGAUAUGGUGUUUUCUUAGAUGUUCUCAACACAAAUCUUUACAAAGACAAGAUAAUAGAUUAAUUUUGAAGAAGAGAGAAAUGCUUUUUGGAGUUUAUCUCAUUAACAUGACAACAACGAGUCUUCGAAUAUGGAAUGCAUUGAGCCCAGAACUUGAAGGGACAGACUUGAAAAUAAUCAAGAAUGUGUAUCAACCAAUGUCUUAUUAAGUGGGGAGUAAACCAGGCUGUGCUGCCUGUUUAUCUGAACAGAUUGACAGUCCUGGAGUUUCAAAUAUCUUGAGUUUGAUUCGAUCUUUCGAGUUAAAUGAUUCCCAGGAAGCUGCAAUUUUAAUUUGUAUCAGAACAAGGGAGUGUCACCAUGAUAACACUGUGAAAUUGAUUUGGGGACCUCCACCUCCAGGGACUGGCAAGACAAAGACAGUGGGAUUGCUCGUGUUUGCCCUUCUUAAACUAAAAUGCAGAACUCUCACAUGUGCGCCCACCAACACUGCUGUCCUGGAAGUGACAACGCGACUCAUGGGAUUAGUUUUGGAGAGGCUUGAAUAUGACACUUAUGGACUUGGAGAUAUUGUUUUGUUUGGAAAUGGGAAACGAUUGAAAAUUGAUGAACGCGAUGAUCUUCUUGAUGUCUUUCUUGAUUGGGGGUGUUGAAAUGCUUUACUGUUGUUUCACACCAUCCUAUGGUUGGAAUGCUACUUUAUUGUCCAUGUUAUCUUUGCUCAAGGACCCCGAAGAGCAAUAUGAGAGGUAUUGAACGACAAUGAGGAAGAAGAAAAUUAUCCUGGAAUUCAUGAGAAUGAAGAAAUGGGUGAGAUCAAAAAAUGGAGCAUAACAGAAAAGUGUGGUAUCAAGUUAUCUUGAAGUCCCUUGAAGGGAAAUCAAGAGAGAAAAAACAAAGUGUCUGGUGAAAAAAAAUCAGAAGAAAAACAAUGUGAUGAUCCUCUCACAUUUGAGGAGUUUCUAAAGAAAAGAUUCAAAUGUUAUUCUGAGCGGCUCAAGUUUUGCAUUGUCAAUUUGUAUACACGUUUACUGACUUCUAUCAUUUCAAAAAAUAUCGUAGUAAACAUGACAAAAACUCUCAAUCGGCUCAAGUAUCUUGAGAAAGUUUUGCACAGAUGUACUCUUAGUGAUGGCGGGCUACAGCAAGUCCGUAGAGAUAUUCAUGAUGGAAAGACAACAUCUCUCAGCAUUAGAUUUAGUCGUGCAAUAAAAAACUUCUGGAAAAUCCUAAAAUUGCUGCCUCUAAAAUUUGCAGUUCCAGAUUUCAUUGAGAAAUAUUUGAUAAAAGACUUCUGCUUAGCAAAUGCAACAUUGGUUUUUUGUACUGCAUCAAGAUCUGCUAAGUUGCAGACCAAAGAAAUGGCUCUGCUAGAAUUGUUGGUUAUUGAUGAAGCAGCUCAGCUUAAAGAAUGUGAAUCUGUCAUUCCUUCACAACGUCCAGGUUUACACCACGCGAUUCUUAUAGGUGAUGAGCUUCAACUGCCUGCAAUGGUGCAAAGUCCGAUUUCUGAGAAUGCUGAAUUUGGAAGAAGCUUGUUUCAGAGGUUGGUAUUAGGAUAUCGGAAACAUCUGCUAAAUAUCCAGUACCGAAUGCAUCCUUCGAUAAGUCUUUUUCCGAACAAAGAGUUCUAUAAUGGGCAAAUUCGUGAUGCUCCUGAUGUACAGCAAAGAAGUUACAAGAAGAAACUUCUUGAUGGAAAUAUGUAUAGCUCAUACUCAUUUAUCAACAUAGCUCGUGGAAAAGAACAAUUCGAUGCAGGACAUAGCCGCAAAAGCAUGGUUGAAGUUGCUGUGGCAUCUCAGAUUGUUGAGAACCUUUUCAAAGAUAUUCAAUUUUUAAUUUUUAGGCAGAAGAGAGAUAAAAUCAGUAUAGGCAUUGUUUCGCCUUACAAGGCUCAAGUUUACGCGAUCAAGGAGAGAAUUGGAGACAAAUAUGUUCCAAACAAAGAGAGUGGAUUCACAGUAAAUGUUCGUUCUGUUGAUGGAUUCCAAGGUGGUGAGGAGGACGUUAUAAUCAUAUCAACUGUGAGAUGUAACGGCAUUGGAUCAAUUGGUUUCCUUUCGAAUAAUCAGAGGGCGAAUGUGGCUCUAACUCGUGCAAGGUAGUGUAUGUGGAUAUUAGGGAAUGAGGCAACCCUAAGUAACAGCGGUUCUGUCUGGCAGAAACAUAUAAACAAUGUCAGACAGCGCGAAUGUCUGCAUAAUGCCGAUGAAGAUAAAAGCUUGUCUGAGGCAAUUAUUGCUGUCUUAGUUGAAAUCGAUCAAGUUGAUAUGAUACUAAAUAUGAACUCUCUAAAUCUCAAGGAAGCUAGAUGGAUGGUAGGAUCCUUUUCAUUUUUUAUUUCUUUAAUAUGAUUAUUUAUGAAAUUUCUCUAUAAGGCUAGUACGUUUUAAAUAUAAAAUAGAUUUGGUUCAGCAACAAUUUCCGGAAAUCUAUUGCAAAGAUCAAAGAUCCCAAGACCAUUAAGGAACUUUCUAACUUGCUAAAAAGGCUAUUGAGUGGCUGGCGCAAAUCAGAAGACGAAAGAAAUGUUGUCUCACUUGAUGGAACAUCUUCCCAACUAUUGGAGCAUUAUCCAACAAACAGCAAUCUGAUUCUGCUCUGGGCAGUUGAAAUUCACAAGGAGACUUCAUACCAAAUUCAGGUUUUGAAGGUUUGGGAUGUUCAGCCGCCUUCUGAAAUCCUAAAACUCGUGAAGCGCCUUGAUAACAUAUUCGGAAAUUACACAGUUGA